AUGAAAUUCUUCAUCCUACUCACUAUUGCCGCCUUGCUCUGUGCCCAGACACUCGCUGCCACUCAAGGAUUCUCUGCCAACUUGAUCAACUCACCUGCCUUGUCCCUAGUGAAUGGCCCUCAGAUGCUCAGUACUGUUGGUGGAUGGUCAACCGGUGGAAAUGGAUUCAACUUGGGAAACUUUGGUGCCAAUGGAGGAUAUUCAAUCCCUGUAGCCGGUAUCUACCACUUUGAUGCCAAUGUCUUGAUCAACGUUGCUUCAAGCGCUGCCCCCAACCAAAACGUUGACAUUCGUAUCAUUAACUGUGCCGCUGGAUCUGGUUGCAAUGCUUACUGCACUGGAGGUACUGUUCUCGGUCGCACACUCACUCAAGGUGGCUCGAUGUGGUUGGGCAGUGGUUUCACCUCUGCAUUCCCACCCAACUACAACCUCAAGGCAUCCUACACUGGUUUCUUCAAUGUUGGUGACACCAUUGCUGUGUGCAUUGAUAACUGGGCUGCUUCUGGACAAGUUAAGCUCAACUGUGCUUCCUCAUCCCUCUGUACCUUUGCUGGAUUCCAAAUCAACUAA